UCCGCUGCAGCACCGGGAACCCGCGGCCGGGCCGGUGGGGAGCUGCCGUGGAAGAAAAGCCAGUGUCCAGGCUCAUCUCAAGUGCAGGAGAGGGGGAAAAUGGGUCGGAAAAAAAUCCAAAUCAGCAGAAUCUUGGACCAGAGGAACAGGCAGGUGACCUUCACCAAGAGGAAGUUCGGGCUGAUGAAGAAGGCUUACGAGCUGAGCGUGCUGUGCGACUGCGAGAUCGCCCUCAUCAUCUUCAACAGCACCAACCGCCUCUUCCAGUACGCCAGCACCGACAUGGACCGGGUGCUGCUCAAGUACACCGAGUACAGCGAGCCCCACGAGAGCCGCACCAACUCUGACAUCCUCCAGACGCUGAAGCGCAAGGGGCUGGGGCUGGAGAGCCAGGAGCUGGAGCUGGAGGAGGAGCCGGAUCCUGGGGAGAAGCCUCGGAGGCUGAGCGAGGGCAUGGACCUCUCGGUGCCCAGGCCCAGGUUCUAUAGCCCAGCACCGCUGCCCGAAGCAGCCUACAGCAGCUCCCCUCCCACCAGCGACGUGGCCCUGGGCAGUGCCAGCAGCUCCCCGCAGAGCCAGGGGCGGCUGCCAGCCUUCAAACCGGCGCUGCCAAAGCCACCAGGGCGCUCGCCAGGACCACUGCCCCCAGGUCUCAGCUACCCUCUGUUCCCCACCGGCAGCCUGAACCGAGCUCUGGCCACCAAGACGCCUCCACCGCUGUACCUGGGGGCAGAGGCUCGGCGUGGCGAGGGCCAUGGCAACCUGGCAAGCGGCCGGAGCGGUGGCAGUGCAGCGCGGGCACUGUACCCCACUCUGCAGACCCUGAGCCCCGUGCUCACCUCGGGCAGCUCUGGCAUCCCAGGCCAUGGCCUCGCUGGCUUCUCCUUCCUCACCCCAUCCCAAGCAGCAGAAUUUGGGGCUGGCGAGGCCACACCACCCCCCAGCUUCCUGCAGCCCUGCCCGGCAGCAUGGCAGCACCCCCGGGACAUGGCAGCACUGGGGGUCAGCAGCAGAAUUGCCUCCAGCGAGGAGCCCAGCCCAGCCCCCAGCACCUCCCCGCAGCACCAAACCAUCAGCAUCAAGUCGGAGCGAGUGUCCCCAGGACUGGGCUGUCCCUCGGGCACCCCACAGCACCCCCUGACCAGCCUGGCAGCCCUGAGUGAAACCUCUCGAGGGGGCUCCGGAGAGCUCCAGCCACGGGAUGACUAUGCCAAGGGGUACCCCUACCCCCUGGGAACCCCUCGGCCGCUGGCAGAGGAGCAGAGAGUGCCCAUGCCCACGCGACGGGCACAGGUCAUGGACGCUUGGCAGAGAUAGCGAGGACAGCAGGGUGCUGGGGGUGGGGAGACGAGAUUGGGGAGCAGCCCCCCCCACUUCAGCCCCAUCCUCAGACCCCCGACGAGCCGCCUGUGCCCUUUGCAAUGCUGCUGGGGGUGGCGGGGGGGGGGAUGAUGUCAGUGACGGAGUCCCGGCCCCACAUCAUGGGGCUGCAUCGCCUGGCAAACCCCCUCCUCACCCCCAUGCCACCCCCCCCCCCCCCCUCCCGCCCCCAACAUGCCCUCCCUGCAGCUCACCCUGCAAGGUCAGGACCUCAGGGGCCGGGAGUGCUACCCUGGUCCCCUGCCCCGUCUGUCCCAGCGUGUUCCCAGCCUGGGAAUGGCUGCGGAGUGCCACGGGGUGGCAGCAGGGCUGAGAGCAGCAGCAGCAGCAGCAGCAGCAGCAGCAGCAGCAGCAGCAGGGUCCAACUUGCAACCCCCCCAACCUCCGUCCCGGUCCUGCACCCAGCUUUACUUGGCGGGGGGUGGGGGUGUGUGGAGCUGCCAGAAUCCCACAGCCAGGUGGGAGGGAU